AAAGAAAAAGCAAAAAUUCUCUUGUGUUUCUACCAUUUUCUUUUAUGUCUCUGCAUUUGUGUCUAGACACAAGAAUAAGUUCUUUCUGUUCUUUUGCAGAUUUCCAGAACACUCCAGAAGAGAAUGGUCUUUAUGAUUAAACUUCCACCUGCACUAGCCAUGUCACCUCCAAUAGACCACAGAGGAAAAGACGAUAGACUCUCCCUCCUAAAGAAUCUUCACCGUCCCAAUGGCCAAAUAGAUGGCGGAGUCCAUCCCUAUGGUCAAGAAACCUUUGUACAGCAGCCAUAUAAUCGACAACAACAAUCUCGAUCUUUUAGCCAUUUUGAAACAGAGAAGAUUUUCUGUCUCAGGCAACAGUUUCUUACAGCAGCAGCCAUCAUUGUCGUUACGAGUUUAGUUGCUUUUGUGCUUUUCGUCACCACAUUUAGAAAAGUGCCAACUGACGAUUCCUUCCUAAAUAUAGAAUCCAUGUCUAUACCCCAAGACUUUUCAACGACGCGUGGUCAAAUAGCGGUCAAAACGAGCUGCGGUCACGUGAUUGGAAAGUCGGAAGAAGGUGCUUAUGCUUUCAAAGGCAUCGCAUACGCCUCACCACCCGUAGGACCCCUGAGGUGGAGAAAACCAGUGCCUUUGUGGGUGGACAGCACCUGGUGUGAAGAGCACAACACCCAAGAAGCGUUCCAUUUUGGUACGGAAUGCUUCCAACUAAAUCCUUACACAAAAAAUUUCGAAGGAAGCGAAGACUGUCUUUUUCUUAAUGUGUGGACGCCCUCUCUAGACACGUCGCAGAAAGGCGGAUUAGAUGUGAUGGUUUGGAUUCACGGAGGGUUUCUCCAGUUCGGCAACGGCAAUCAAGCGGGAUUAAGUCCAUCGGCAAAGCUUGCCAAAAAGAUGAACAUGGUGUUUGUUUCCAUGAAUUACAGACUCUACACCCUCGGAUUCAUGGCUCUGGAGCUACUGUCGGACAACAUAUUAACUGAUUCUAAAGGAAAUUAUGGUCUAUGGGAUCAACUUUGUGCCCUCCAGUGGAUUAAAGACAACAUCAGGAAUUUUGGAGGAGAUCCAAGAAAGGUCACUCUCUUUGGUCCGGACGCUGGUGCAGCGAGUAUCAUGGCUCUGAUAUCUUCACCCAAAGCUCAAGGAUUAUUUCGAUCCGCUUGGCUAGUGGGUCCCACAAUGGUCUUCAACAGGACAUUCGAAGAGGUGACCCAGCACAAUAAGGGUCUUUUUCUGCAGAGAUCGAACUGUGAGGAUGCCCGGUGCCUGAGGAAGAGUGCCGCUCAGGACAUUAUUACGGCACACUUAGGGAAAGACGAUGCUUCUUUUAGGAUCAGAGACCAGAAUGAUUUACCUAUUCAAGGGAUUUUUCCAGAACAGCUCAUAGUCAUGGAUGGUGAUUUGUUGGUUGAAACUCCAGAAACAGCCUUAAGCAACGAAGAUAUAAAGAGUAUCCCCCUUCUUUUAGGAUCAUCGGCGCAAGCAGUUGACUUUUGGCCUGGCCCAGACGACCUUUCUACCUGGACGUGGAAUCAAUAUAAGAAGUACGUCACAACAAGUCUGGACAGCUUUGGUCUUCAAGUCAGUCAAAUGGCUCUUCAAAUUUACAACGGAACAUCAUCUCAGGCAAACAAUCUAAAUUUCACUGCAGAAUAUCUGUACACAACUAUGGUGUCUGACAUUCGACAAUCCUGUCCUGUAAAUACUUUGGCGAAAAAAUUGGCGAGUGUCUCUCGAUCACCUGUUUACAGAUACACUCUCACAGAAAGACCACCGAGUCCGGUGAAGCUUUUUAACUAUACAGCAAAAUACAGUUUUCAUCUUUGGGAUUUGAUCUCUUUCUUCGAAAGUACAGACUAUUUUCUUAGUAAAUCCGAAUCAGAAGAGAACCAGGAAUUCAGUGAAGUUGUACAAAAUAUGGUUGCUAGCUUUGUACGAUCUGGUGGUGAAAAUGUUGGAGAACCAAAUUGGCUCCGGUAUCCUAAGAAGACUGCCAAUUUGGCGAAGAACAUCACAGUGGGUGAAAUUAGUAAAAAAGAGUGCAAAUUUUGGUCUGAAAGCAAGUUAGAUGUCUACGCUUGGGUCAGCUAAAAUUGAAAGUGAAGCAAAUUUAUUCGAGGAAAUAUUUCACUAUUUUAUAAGUUGCGAUUAGGUGCGAAAGUAAAGUGAAAUUAAUUAUAUCGAAAUUCAAUCCAAGUGCUGUAUUUUAUAAAGCUUUAAGCUAUUUAUAUAAUUAAGAGGUUCUGAAUUGUUGUUUUUAAUCUUCAUCAUCAUUGCUAAGUUCUGUUUUCAUUGUUCAAAAUGCCCACGAAAUUCCGUUACCAUCCUCUAUAGCAGUGGUUACGAAAUGGUGUUCCGCCGAACCCUUGGUUCCCUGGAAAGGUGUCAGGGGUUCCGAUAUUUAGAACAACAUUAUCAAACAUGAAACCCUGUAAAAGAUUUAUAUCUGAUUAAUUUUAUAUUAGUUAUCAAAUAUUGAUAUAAUAACUAAAUGAUAUGAUAACUAUUGCAAUUUUUAUUUAAACGUGAACCGCUUUUCAGCUCAUGCAAUUUUAGUUUACGUAUACAAUAAAUCAAAAUUAUGAAGUAGACUACAUGCCACUACAGAUUACUUUAGGCCUGUAAAUUCAUCUGUCUGACAUAUAAUCCAAUUUUAAGACAAGUCUUGCUAAAACUACACGAUAAAAAAAUUACAUUCUUCAUUCAUUCAUUAUAUAUUUUCAAAAUAUUUAGUAAAAUUUUAAUUUAUUAAAUAUUUUUUGAAUAUAUAAUGGCCUUCAGUUUAAUACUUUCUUUCAGAAUUGCUAAUGAAAUUUCUCCUAACUCUAACUAAUCCGGUAAAAAAAGGUCAAUCAUUUAGGGUUCCGUAGUCGAAAAAUUUUGGAACCGCUGCUCUAUAAUUUCAAACUGAUUAACAAAAUUGGUAUCUAUAAUUAGUAAAGCGGCUAGGUGCCACAAACAAGAUUGCUUACAAUGCUACCUAGCGAAAGCUGGGGAGUUGCAUUUCUAUCACGAAAACCAUGAUGAUAAAAGGAAAAAUGAAUUAAAAAGUUGCAUCCCACUGUAGAUUUAAAAUGAUUUGCCACCUAGUGGACAUUAAUGCUAAAAAAGAACGAGUAAACACGCAUUUUUUAGUAAUUAUCUACACUAGUAAAUAACGAAACGAUCAUAAAAAGUAUGUUAUCAAAAUCGUUUUAUCUUUUUUUAUGCGAGAAAAAAAACUUAAGUGAUGUUUCAAAAACGAAAAAAAAAAGUGUUCUGUGAUAAAAUCAGACCAGAUUGCUGUGCUACCCGAAAGAGAAGGAAAUUUAGAACGAUGGUACGAUAUCAAUAAUUCGAUACAACUAUGUAAUUCACUUUUUUUAUAUGUCUCUCAUUGUUUUCGAGAUUGAAACGGUAUCAUUGCAGUUUUCAUCGGGUUGAGAAACAACUGGUCUCAUUUUGUAGAGAAAAGCCACUUUACUGCAACUAGACAUCAUUUAUAUAAAUGGUGGUAAAAUGCUUAAGUGUGCACCCUGCGUAUUAGACACCACAAGCCUGGCUAAGUUAUAUCUGAAAACAAGUUUAAAAACACAUCGAACAAUAUUAAAGCAUGGCUAUUUAUUUUAAAUUUAUACUGUUUAAAAAUUUGCGUAAAUAUAUAUUGCAAGUCGUAACAGAAAUGUUAAAAACAGUAUAGAGAUGUUUCAAAUACAGAUGAAAGUGUUAUGAACCAUAAAAAAUGAAAUUUAUUAUUAAAUAUCGUAGAGCGAAAAAUAAUUUCUGUCAUAUUAAAUAGUUUUUUUUCAGAAUAUUAUUCUUUUAAAUUGUUAUUUACAAUUAGUGAAAUGCUUACACGAAUCAGCAUUUUCGUAUUAAAUUGCAGUGGCGGACAACAAAGAAAAAAAAGGAAGAAAAAAUGCGUUACCUAAAAAAAUGAAUAUUUUGUAAUGCUAAAGCAUUAUACGAUACACAUGAAUUUAGUUUAAUUGCCGGAAAUCAAGAUGUUGAUAAUACCACGUUCUUUUUCUUGAGUGUUUUUGUAGUAUUGCAUCGUUCAAUUUUGGAAAGAAAGUUAAGAGGAAGGGAAAAGUGACUCGUACUUCAAGCAAUUAAAAUAUGUAUUAGCAAUUGACGCAGGAAAUUUUUUUUAUCCAUUGCUUUGGCUUUAGAAGGAAUUUUACCCACGAGUGAUUAAUAAUAAAAAAAAAUAACUGCAAUAUGUCGACAGUCUCGAAAUUGAUUAAAUUAGAACUUAAAACAGAUUAUUGAUACAGACUAUGGGAAAAGUGUCUGAUCUUGUCGGAAGAGGGUUACUACAAUAAUUCUAACUAGAACUAUAACCAUCAACUUUUAUGCUUUCCUGAAACUUUAUGUUACCAUAACAAUGGACGCGUAAUCUUUAAGGGGUUUAGAUGAUUUUUCCUCACAGAAUUUAUGAUUUUUAAGAGAAAUAUGCGCUAUGGCGUGUGCUGUUCUCAGAGAUUUGACACCAAGUGAUAAUACCUGAAAUUUACCAAAAUUAUGGCAAAAUACAGAAAACCGUAACACACCCAUUUUUUUAAUAGCCUUAAUAACUUUUAUCACAUGAGAUCUCACAUUUUUGUUUAAAGUUGAAAAUUUAUCUUUAAAUCUGCCUUUCUUUCAAUUCAAAAUUUUUCACCUGACGCAAAAGAUUUCUCGACUUCUAAUAAACAUAUUCAAGUUGAAACUCGGUAAUUAGUUUGAGCGUAGCAUGUCGAUCAAAUUCAUACAGGCACUUGAAUAUGAGUAAAUAUUUUAUGUUUAUUAGGACAUCACAACAAUUUCUUUCGUGAAAAAUCUGAAACCAUUAAGAGCUUUUAUUUUUAAUUUAAAAAAAUAACUAUAUUUUUCAUUCUUUGCUCUGGUAUGGUUUUUGAAAAAAGUAUAUUUGAUUAUCUGCUAAAAGCUAUUUCAAGUCAUAAACAUUAUACUCCGCUGCAAGUUUUAAAAAAAAAACCUUGCGCUAUAAGAUUUAAAUAAUCAUCUUCUACUACACAUAGUUCUGUUUGAUUUCAUCAUCAAAUUAUGCAAAUAUGCUUUCAAAGCAACAUGAAAGCUUUUAAAAGUUUAACACUUCAGACAGAAAAUUAAUCCGCGCUAUCAUUUACGAUAUAUAUCACAUAAUUAUUAAAAAAAAAGGCUGUAUUUUCGUCGUCUUACUAGAUACUAGGCGACAUAUUUCGAUAAAUACGAUGAACAUUCGUUCUUGAAAAAUAAACGUCUGUAUGACGUUACAAGAGCAUAGUAUUUGAUUGGACCACUAAAUUGGUGCGUCGUAUGGUGACAUGCUUUUAAUAAACCAAAAGCAAGAUAAAUAACUUCUACUUUUAUUUCGCAGUAGAAAAAAAAUUGUCUGCAAGAACAAUAUUUAUUAUUCUUUCAUCAGUUUCUUUAAAUGCGAACAGAAAGACGUUUAUUCUUUACGAUUUUCAGAUAUCAUUUUAAUUAUUUCUUAUCACUUGUUAAAGGAUUAUUGUUGUUAAUAGGAAAGCAAUCAAAAAGGAGUCUGUGCAACGUCUUCUCAAAUGUUAGCGAUGCUGAUAUACGUUUGCGCUGGGAGUUCGGCAUCCAUUUAGAUGCAAACAGGUUCUUUCCAUAGGGAUGAUGAUUUUUUUCUGAACUUGCAACAGAGUAUAUUAUGACAUUUAUCUUGACCCCAAGACAUAGUAUCUCUUUUUUUCUCUUAUUAUUUCAGCCCUAGAGAAAAUGAAACCAUGAAGGUUGUUUGGAUUACUUCACAAAACUAUAUCCAUUUAAAUAAUGCCUGUGCUUAUGCUAGACUUCCAUAAAAGAAUUGAGGAACCUAAGUUAAAUAUUAGAUAGGUUAUAGAAAGUUAAAAAAAAAUUACACUUUGAUGUUUUUUCGAAGAAAUUAGAUCCAUCUAGACCCCUCAAAGAGAAUAUAUAUUCAUGAAAAACUAUAUUCCCUUACUUUUCUGCAUGUCUCGUAAUUUUUUCCACCACUGUAUUGAGAUGCUUAUUAAUGAUGAAACUCAAUACUGCAUUAUUAAGAGAAAGGAAGAACAAAUAUUUAGUUUCCAAUAACGGAAAUUAUACUUCUCUCCUAUGUAUUAAAUGAUAAAAACUUAAUUAAAUCAUGAUAAUACGUAAGGAAAUAAUUGUGCAUAAUUAAGUUUAAAGAGAACUCUUAUUUAUCAAAAUAUUUGUGUAAAUUUCCUAGGAGUCUCAUAAAUAACCUUUCAAAGCAAACACUUGAAAAUUUGAAGGUGUUUUGAAAUGUUUGUUUCAUUAUUAGCAUGUAAUUAUAAACAAACAAUCUAAUACUCCUAAUUAGCUUUUGAAUAAAUUAAUUUAUAAACUAAACAAUAGCCUUACAAAGUCAAAACGUCUUUUUGAAAUAAAAUAAAUUUGCAGACUCAGUUUAUCUUUAGAAUAUGUUCUUGUCAUCACAAAGUAGUAUAAAUAUAAAAUAUUUUCAAAUAAAGGAUCAUCGAAUGUUAAAUAUGUAUUUUAAUUUUCUAACAAAUUCGCUGGAAAUUCAAUCUUUAAAUGAAAGGAAUUUUUGAGAAGGGAAGUACAUAAAUUUAAAAUUUUGAAAAUCUUGAACUCUCUUCAACAUUUUCAAGCCUAAUAUGUAUUGUACAUGAAAAAGAUAGUGUGCAUUUUAUUAACAUAUAGUUCAUAAGUGCGUGAAUUUUGAAAACGUCUUAAGCUAACGCAAAGCCCAACAGAGAAUAUAAUUGUUAAUUUAUCAAAUAAUCAAAAGUUUUCAUUAUUAAAAUGAAAUAUAUGUGGAAACUAUUCAGGUUCUUUAUGUUUAUGUUACCCUUCUGCAAUGCAUAUAAAAUCUGAAUUUUGCAUCAUUUGUGGCAAAAAAUAUGGCUAAAGUAAUAAAAAGAAAAAAAGUGUCCUUGCUGAUAGUUCAGGGUUAAUAAAAUGAAGCACUACAACUAAGAGUUUUCAUUGUAAAGCAAUCAAUGUUUAUAAAAAUGAGCCUUUUUACCAUUUCAUGGUUGUUUUAUUUCCUAUUCAAAAAAAAUCCUGUUCAAUUAGAGUUGUCAGCCAGAUAACGUGAUUUAACGCUGUUGGAUUGAUUUCUUUAGAAUUUUUGAACUCUAGGGCUACUGAACAUAAACUACCAAUUACCUGAGCUUUGAAGGAAUCCUUGAGUGCCAAAUAAAGGAAACACAUUUCUGCAAAACGGUCUUUAAAAAUUACGGCACAAUAAUAUGUGACAGAUAAGCCCCUUCAGUUAAUAAUAACUAAUAUGAAUUUUUCCGCAGUGAAUCAUUCUGGAUGCGCUUUUCCUUAAAACAUAACAUACAGUUCUGCGCAUUAAUUUCUUGAUCAGCUUUGAGAUUUUCCAUGAAAUGAUUCCUUUGAAUUCAUUUUUUAUUUAACACAUGAAAUACAAUUCUCCGCAUUAAUGUCUUGUUAAGCUUAGAACUUUUCCUGAAAUGAAUUUUUGAAUCUAUUUUUUAUUAGCAUACGACAUGCAAUUAUGCACUUAAAUGUUUAACUAAGCUUGAAACUUUUCCUCGAUAAAUGAUUUUGAAUUAAUUUUACCUUAACGUGUCCCUUAACAUAUUGUUAAGAAUUUAUCUUAAAUUUUUUUUUUGUUUUUCUUUAAUAUCUAAUCUAAUUUUCUGCACAUAAUUGUUUUAUUUAAGCUUAGAUUUUUUCCUUAAUAAAAUGAUUGUUUAAAAUUUUUGUAUUUGUUAAGCACAUUAAAUAUGAGUCACUUUUUGAAAUCUAAUCAUAUUUUAAAAGCGAACUUAUACAUUAGUGUAUACUAUUUUUUUCAUACGUAAACAUUAUUUGUAGAUUUUAAAAAGGUUAAAAAAAAAUAUGACGCAGAACACAAAAGUCUUAUCAACAAAACUUUGUUCAAAAUUUGGACAAAACUCUGCUCAAAUUUAUUACGCAUCUUUAUAAGGAAAUGGAAAUGGGAAUUGACAACGAAAUAAGAGAGUAUUCACACGUAUGAGAAAGUUUUCAAAAAAUUUUAUUGUAGUCAUUUUUUUUGGUUUAUUAAUAAGAAGGAAAAAACAUCUUAAUAAUAAACAGUGAUAUACAAACUAUAAUAAGAAAGAAAAAAACAUCUUAGAAAGCCUUAAAACUUUCUCGUUUGCUAUAUAUACACCAAUAAAUUUUCUUUAAUGUUCAAAUUUUCUGAAAGCUUGCAGUUUAAAAAUUUUGUAUUUCUUUCCAAUGUAUUUUUUUAAAAAAUGUAUUUUAUUUCUUGUGAAAUAAUUCUUGAUUUGGGCUAUUGAAAAUUAUAGUUAUUUAUUAACACUAAAAUAAUGAUAUAUUUUUUGUUAACAUUUCUAAAUCUGUUAGCUAAUAUUAUUUAUUAGUAGUGAAAUAUUAACUGCUAAAUUUUAAAUUAGAGCAACACCAGUUACGUGAAAAAAUAAGCUUUACUAAUUAAAAAAAUUUAAAAUCCUUUUAAGUACAACAACGGAAAACUUUGUGUUACGCAGACUAAAGCUAAACUCAACGUAAAUAAAGCACCAAUGAAAAUACGUAAAUUGACAAAUUGUAGUUUCAGUUCUAUUGACAAGAACCUUUGUAAGCGUCUAAACGUCAAAUGAAAUCAGUCACAAAACGUCAAUUGACGUUUUAGACUCUGAGGAAGGUUUUUGUUUAUAGAACUGAAACUAUAGUUUGUCAAUUUAUGUAUUUCCAUUUAUACUUCAUACACGUUUCAUUUUUGCUUUAGUCAUUUUAAAUUAUUUAUUAAGAAUCAAUGAAAUAACCAUAAAGUAAGUCAUAUUAGCAUAACAGGAAAAAACAAGAAUUUAUAAAAGAAGAAAGACUUUUGCAUUUUUCCAUCGCAAACUUUCAGAGCUUCACUUGACUCGUACUUUUCUUUCAAAUGUGACUUCUACAUGCUAUGAACUAUGAAAACUGCAAAAACCAUUUUGAACUGUUUAGACAGUACAACUAAGCGAAUGGACGCUACCCUUGACUAAUUUCACUUUUCAUAAUAAACAUAAUAAAAGCACAAACAAUCACGUACGCCAACAUAAGACGUUCUUGCGUUGAAAAAAAAAGACACUAUGUGCCAAACUGUAACAGAACACUAUAAAACAGUUGUUUCUACAUCAAGUAUUUAUACUGCGUCUCUUGUAUGUGUGUGCUUUCUUCGUUUUCUCAUCAUUUGUUCGUUAAUUAUGUGUGCUAUUGAAAAAUGGAAUGUGGAAAGAUGAAACAAAACAGAGUGCUCAAGUUAAAUAUGGAUUGUGCCAAAUGCAGUUCAGAUAAGCCAAAUAUAUAUAUAUAUAUGAAGAUUCAAUGUAUGUAAAUAUAUACAUAUAUACAUGUUCAUUGUUUGCAUGUGAAAUAAUUUUGCCUGCGCAUAUGUGUAUUCAAAUAAUUUAAAACAAAAAGAAAGAGUUAUCUGAUCAUCAUGUGCUGCCGAUCAAAUGUUUUCUUUUCUAUUUAAUAAAAUUUAUGAAUCUCA